CGGGCAUCUAGUAAAGGAGGCAUUGGCCACAUAUGGCGCUUCGCGCGAAUGUCGCAUGGUUUUGCCAGUUGAGCAGUUUCGAUGUUCUGUGAACUAAAACAGCGCCGUCGUCAACGCUGACCCCAGUGCACCUGUACCAGCUGAUCUUGCUGCAGCCAGAACCGCGGAUAGGAAUGGCACCACCCCGUAGUGUUGGAAAGAGAAACCAACAUCACCGGAAGAAUUUCGUUCUUUCUAGGCACCUGCGAGCCACGUACAACUGCAUCAUGAACGAUUUGCGCAAUUUCAGCAUGUGCCAGUUCGUAAACGAUCCGGGAAUUGUCUACUUAGUUUUGCCGUUUCUCUUAAUCAUCGAAUUUGUUGUGAACGUGACAGUUAUCAGCAAGGUACCUUAUACUGAAAUUGACUGGAAAGCCUAUAUGCAAGAGGUGGAAGGAGUGCUAAACGGCACUUACGACUACGCUCAUCUUAAGGGGGACACUGGACCACUUGUGUACCCUGCAGGCUUUGUAUACAUCUUCAUGGCCCUGUACUACAUCACUGACCACGGGACAAACAUUCCUCUAGCCCAGUACCUGUAUGCAGCCCUCUACCUCUUCACCUUAUGCCUGGUGUUCAGCUUGUACAACAAGACUUGCAAGGUGCCUCCGUAUGUACUGGUCCUCAUGUGCGCCACUUCAUACCGCAUUCACUCCAUCUACGUGCUACGGCUGUUCAAUGACCCCGUUGCUAUGGCCCUGCUGUAUGCCUCCCUUAGCUUCCUCAUCAGGCGGCGCUGGGUGCUGGGCUGCAUCCUGUUCAGCCUGGCUGUCUCGGUGAAGAUGAACGUCCUGCUGUUUGCACCGGCAUUGUUUUUUGUCCUGCUGUCUACUCAAGGCCUUGUCAAAACAUGCCUGCUGAUUUUUCUGUGUGGCCUCAUUCAGCUGGUCCUAGCUCUGCCAUUCCUGCUAGCCAACCCUGUCUCGUACAUGACGGGGGCAUUCAACUUGGGUCGAGUGUUUCUCUACAAGUGGACGGUUAACUGGAGGUUCCUGCCAGAAGAGCUUUUUGUGGACCACAUGUUUCACCUGGCACUCCUGGCUCUUCACCUUGUUGUCAUUCUUUGCUUUCUGCCAAAGUGGAUCAGGUACCUCAGGCUCACUGAAUGGACGACGAACAAGGGAAAAGUGCUGGUUAUGUUUCCAGAUCAAAUACUGCUGCCAUUGUUUACCUGCAACUUCAUAGGAAUGGCCUUCAGUCGGUCACUGCAUUACCAGUUCUAUGUCUGGUACUACCACACUGUUCCGUACCUCUUGUGGUCAACAAGACUCUCAGGCAUGACACGCCUUACACUGUGGGGCAUGUUGGAGCUUGCCUGGAACACAUUUCCUUCCACGAGCUGGAGCAGUGGCCUGCUCCACUUGUCGCACUUUGUUCUUCUAGUCAGUCUCUGGAAGGACUGGCCGACAGAGCCGUCUGUGCCGCCGUCAGUAUCCAAGAAUAAAUAAAUGUUAUGACUGCCCCUUUCA